AUGAUACUAGAUGGAUCUUUGAGGUUCCUGGAUGUGUGUGGCAUCAUUAAGGAUGCCCUUUUGCAAAUAAAGAAGGAUGUCAACAAGGCAAUGAACAAGGCCUUCAAGGUCAAGGAAAGUUAUGGGACCGACAAAAACCAUGAAACUCCAGCUGUGAUCAACAUGUUGAAAGAGUUAGAUGCAGUAACUGUUGCUGUGUUUGAAUCCUUGUUGUCCUUCAUAGCUGGUUCGAAAUCAAAGUCAAGCAGUUGGUCAUUAGUUUCCAAGCUAGUGCAGCCCAAAAGAGUAUCCUGUGAGGGAUUGGAGGCAAACAUUCAAGAUAUAGAAGAAGGACUUGAGUGCCUGUUCAGGCGCUUGAUCAAAGCCAGAGUCUCUCUUCUCAACACUUUCAACCAUUAG